AACAUCAUACGUAUACGGCAACACGUGAACAAGAGGCACUAUUUAGGUGCCCCCUGCCCCGUUCCAUCUUAAUAUGAUUUGCUUAUUAUACUUAUGAAAUAAAGGUAAAUUGCUGCUAGCACUAUAGGUACCUGAUCAACUGAACUUUAACUUCUCGAUGGCCGACGUGUUCGCACUCAUCGUUUCAAUGGAUCGCAAGGCGCCCCAGGCAUUGUACAAGGCCUUACGCAAUAUUUACACGGCUCUUGAAAACGGAGCCAUGGUCAACUUCGAACGAGCGCUGCGAACUCUCUUUGCGCGCUACGAUUCGGCCACCGUAAUGAGUCCUACCGGCUAUGCUUACGCCGAUCCCCUGGAGGACCAGCACGAUCAACCGUACGUUCCAGGUACUACGUACGUGCGUCGGAUAUUCAUUACUCCAACGCGAAUCAUUUUGCGCUUUGCCGAACUUCAUACGCAGAAUCGAAUUCUUCGUCACUUCUGUCCCGAUCACGCUGUGCGUGUCAGUUUCCGUGACGACAAUCUGGAUAAACUGACGUUUGCCGUUUUUUCGAUGCGAACAAAAGAUGUAUUUCUUGAGCAGAUCGUCGGAAGGCACCUAGAACAUGGAUUUGUAAUCGGACCCCGACUGUUCCAGUUUGUAGCGGCGUCCUCUUCACAGCUUCGAGAUCACGGCGUUUGGUUUUAUGCUCGAGAUAAUCUUGGCCGCACCGCUGAAUCUAUUCGGCAAUGGAUGGGCGACUUUCAUCAUAUCAACAAUGUAGCUACCAAAAUGGCUCGUAUGGGACAGUGCUUCUCAUCUACCCAGGAGACCGUUGAGAUUCGUCAAGAAGAAGAACUUCUCUGGGACGAUAUUGAGCGUCCGGAAAGCGUUCAUCCACUGUCCGGUCGGCCGUACUGCUUCUCCGAUGGCUGUGGGAAAAUUUCCCUCGAGCUAAUGCAGCAGGUAUGGCGGACACUGCCUCGCGGGGCCAGUGAACUGCAGCCAUCCGCUUUACAGAUUCGUUACCGAGGUUGCAAAGGGAUGGUGUCACUCGAUCUUUCUUUACCGGGUCGUGCGCUCGUGCUCCGAAAAUCGAUGCUGAAGUUUCGUUGUGAUUCCCCAAGAAAGCUCGAAGUAAUCAAAUGGUCUGCACCAAUGGUAAUGUUUCUUAAUCGACCAUUGAUUGCUAUUCUCGAGCAUCACGGGAUCGAUGUUGAAAUUUUUCUUCGACUUCAACUUAGUAUGAUUCUACAGCUGGCCGAUUCACUCGUGUGCGAAGGGGCAGCGCUACGAACCCUCACGAGCUUUGUCCGGACGCCCGUUCCGUUCGCAGGACUCGCGGCAGCCGGUUGGCAAUUGGCUCGAGAUCCGUUUAUCAUCCAAGUGCUAUACGAUUUGCUGAAGAAUGCGCUCAUCAAUCUUAAGGACAAGGCCAAUGUAGCCAUACCGGUGAACGAAGGCCGGAAUAUGCUUGGAGUUGUUGAUGAGACGGGUUGUCUUGAAUACGGCGAAGUGUUCAUCCAAUACACGGAACUGCCCUACAAUGACGCUGGCCAAGCACCUGUGCGAAUUUUAGAGGGUGAUGUGGUGAUUACGAAAUGUCCUUGUCUGCAUCCCGGGGACGUGCGACGCCUUCGAGCCGUCGAUGUACCCGCUCUCCGACACAUUCGCGACUGUGUCGUCUUUCCGUCAAGCGGAAAGGCACCACAUCCAUUCGAAAUGUCCGGUUCAGAUCUCGACGGUGAUGAGUACAUCUGCAUAUGGAAACCCGAACUCAUCUUCGAAAACAAUGUUGACCCCUAUAUUUAUGAUGACAAACCCCUAGGAAUAAACCCAUACUCGCACAAUCUGAAUGAAAUAAAGUUCCUGUGUAACUACAUUGGCAAUGACAUCAUCGGCAUCAUCUCAAACGCCCACUUAGCAUGGGCCGACCAGGCUGGUCUCGGAGCAGAGAUGUGUCAGACGUUGGUUAGCAAAGCUUCGAAAGCAUUGGACUUCGCUAAAACCGGCGACGCUGUUGAACUCUACCCGAAUGAAAAGCCUGACAAGUUCCCCGAUUUCAUGGAAAAGGGUGACCACAAACAUUCAUAUCCAUCUCACAAGGCGCUCGGUAUCUUAUAUCGAACUGUACGGCAAAUCAUGACGGUUAAUGAUACAAAGCUAAGUAAAGCUCGGAGUUUCUCGCCGCUUGAAGUGCCGGGUUGGCAGAUGUUUGCUCAGGGUGCGCUAAAGGCCCUACGGAGCUACAACGCCAGACUGAGCCAUCUCAUGGAACAGCAUGGAAUUCAGAGCGAGGGUGAAGUAUUCAGUGGAUUCAUUGGAACGAUAUCGUCAUUCGAAGCUGCUAAUGCUUCUACGUUUCGAACGGAAAAAGCCAAUUUGGCUGUGCUUGUUGAUCGCCAGAAAUCCGCUCUCAUGGAGGAUACGCGUCAACAGUUCUUUCGUGAGCUCGAACUUGAGUGUCUUACGUAUGGGGCCGAGGACGAGGGCUCGCGUCACAUGUUGAGAAUCCAGAAAGCCGCUGCGUGGUAUAUGGUCACAUACGGGGACGACGGCGAAGGCAAUAGCCAAAAUGGCCAGGCCCGGGGAUUCUUCAGCUUUCCAUGGUGUAUUGCUCACGUUUUGCUUGAGGCCAAACGUUGGCUGAUGCAAUUUGCCGAUCGUGAGCGAGGAUAUUCUCCGGCGGCUUAUUCCGAGCCGACAGUUGGAAGUGGUGGUCUUCGCAACGCAUUGACUCGCGUCAUCGAUGAGUCGGCGCGAGCAGCGGCCAGCGCAUGUGUAUCGCCAAGCCUGCAGGUACCAAUAGGUCAGUUGGAAGAGGCUGAUCGUCGACGUCAGCUGCGUUACCACGUCACGCACUGGUUAAACGAUGCGGCUGGACAACCAGACUCGCCUUCGGAGCCCUUGUGCGACCUGUGCUAUGCACAGGUCUACGAAGCUUUCGUCAAUCAGUGUGAACGCCGCCUUAAACUCUUCAGUCUGGGCGAGUACUUGGUGGGCCUGUUGGGUUUUCUCGCUAGUGGCGAUUGCCCCUACCCAAGACGUUGUGAACGCCGAGGAUGCCGACGACUAUUUGAGAGUGACUGUCCAUUACUGACGGUAGAAGCUGCCAAAGCGUACGUUCGUUUUGCUAUCAAUAAGGACGCGUGCUUCUUAGGUUUCCGUUGUGACCAAAGAGUGCAUCGAGCCACCGACGUUAUCAUCGAUGCCCCACCAGAGAAGCUGACAAUUUCCGAGCGAUUUUGGCGUUUCCUUCGGCAGGACCGCACGACUGCAUGCAAGGAGUACUUGUACAAAUAUACCGGUGUCUACCGUAUUACAGUCCGAUACGAGCGGCACAAGACACGGCGAUUCAUCCCCGCUCCUGCAACGACAGCCAUGUUGCCCGGUGACAACGACUAUCAGCUUGGCUUUUCCCAUCAACAGGGACAUUUCCAGCAGUGUAAUGGGUCGCCAUCUGCGCCUGCCCCGAAUGCUUUGCCUGGUACGUUCACAACCGGUAAUGCAUUCUCCAUGAAAGUUCACUAUUGUGGGACUGAUACGCAAAUCUUUGCCAUGCAACAGUGUCUACGCAACGACAACUUCCAGGCGUCUGUUCUGGAAAGUAACUACAGCCUACUAAGGCAAUGAGCGAUUUUGCCCCACCAAGGGCAAAAUGGAAAAAUGCAGUGGCAAGGUCAGCCUCGCUCGCUUUUCCUAACCACAGACGCCGAUUAAUUCAUUUUUCCAAAAUGACUAGCUUCAAUGCCCGUUGUAAUACUAAUUGCUAGCAUAAAUAUUGUGCCUGUUUAUCGUUGUGGUACUAUACUGUGGAAUAUAUUAUAUAUGUGGAAAUUAGCUAGUUGUAGAGGAUUUGCAAGCUGUACAUUAUAAGUAUAUAUAUAUACAUGUAGUUUUUUUUCUAUUUAAUUGUAUAGAAAAUGAUAGAAUAUGAAAAGAGAUUCAAGGACAGGUUCUCUUCAAUAUCGCUUUACCGUAGAAUUAGGCUCAUAAUGCCGAGAUUUUGUGUUUGUGAAUUGUCUGACGGUUGUGCUGAAAGUCGGCUAUGCGACGUGCAGCCGCGCAUAUUCAUCCCAGUUUAGAUCGAAACGCAGUUUUUGUGCUUAUACUAUUAUUAUCGCAGUGUUGUUAGCUUGUGUUUAUUUGUCCAUCAUGGAUGUGUUUGUAUCUAUUGAUGUGAGAAGAUCAACUCAGAGAAUAGAGCAGAUAUCAAAUAUGUGUAGAUACGUUAAUUAUUACAAAUGGCACAGUCACGAAUGUGACUGCACAUUCGUGCAGACGCCAUGCCGACUGACAAGGUUCAAGUGCGUGAAAUAAAUGUAGUUCGACU